AUGGAAUGUUCACGUUGUAAAAACGCAAUAUCAAUUGAAGAAUAUUUGUUCUUCUUUACACACUGCACAAAUACACCAAUAAACUAUUCAGCUGAUUUUGUUUUAAAGACUCAUGAAUCAUUUCAUAAGCAAAUUGUAUCCUCAAUGACCAAGGAAAAACAGUUACAAUUUUUCGCUGAAGAACAUCAUGAUAAAGACGAAGCCGAUCGACCAGUGCUGAUCCAUUCAAUUUUAGGUGAUUCAAUUGAACAUCAAAAUCAUUGCGAUGAUUCCCAACGAAAAGACAUCUCAUUAAUCGAUAUGAAGCUUCAUCAGCUUGCUGAAAAUUGUCAAUUAUCAUUAUGGAUUGUAACACAAGCGAAACUCACAAAUAUGAUUGAUGGAACCAUUUAUAUGGUUGCUCGUGAUAAAUUCGAUCGUCACAUUCGUUUAGUGAUCAGCAAUUGGUCGUAUUUCGUCAUAACAAAUGAAGUGAAAUCAAUGGAAUCUCGAUUACAUAUUCUCGAUGACCUUUUACCGAUGGGUAGCAUGAUUAAACUACACGAUCCACUUUUGACUCAUUGUUCGAUUGAUAAUCAAGUAGCUCUUCACUGUAAAUCACCAAAUAUUGACCUGAUUUUAUGUGAUCGAAUAAAAAAAUGUUUUGUUCUCGAUAAGCUCGAUGAUUUACGUGAACGUGGUAAUCAAGCUUACAUUCGUGGUGAUUUACAACUUGCCGUCGAUUAUUAUACAUAUGCUAUCAAUCGAAUCAUCACGAUGGCUGGAAUGACAAUGGCAAAAGAUGACGAUUAUGAAUUGAAUUUGUUUCAAAAUGCAUUUCACAAUGAUCUUGCUCGAUUACAUUCGAACCGUUCAGCAUGUUAUCUACGUCAACGUCUUUAUUCCGGUGCAAGUACAGAUUCGGCUGUUGUUGUUACUGGCAAAUUUAUUGCUAACACAUCAGAUGAUUUGUUUCUUAAAUGUCUCUAUCGAUUAAUCUGUUCAAACAUUGUAUUAGAAGAUUUUUCGUUUCGAAUUCUUCAGCUUCUUGCCCUUACUGAAACGGAUAACAUCCAUCCUCAACUACGUUGGAAAUAUGCACCGGAUUUCGAUCAAUUGAACUCAAAUUUGACUCGCAUAAAGGACGAAUGUGCACAUGGAAUUUACGAUGUGAAAAAGAUGUUUCACCAGCAAUAUUUCGAUCAAAAAACUGUUUUUGAUUUUGAAACAUUCCAUUCCAAUUUCGAUAACACAUCAUUGAUCAAAAAACGACGUGACCAAGCUUAUGCUAAAUGUGCCAUUCCAACUGGAACAUUACUUCUUGUGCAGAAUGCGUUCGUUUAUGUUAAAUCAGGCGAAAAUGAACAAGAACGAUUAUUGAACGAACUGGAAAAACAUUUCGCUAUGGCACCAACUCCGAAAGAGUUCGAUCUGAUACGAAUGAUGCCACUUAUUCAUCAAUGGUUUGAAAAUGAAACUGAUGCUGUUCGGGGUGAACAUGAAACUUAUCCAACGGCGAUUCCGUUGAGUGUGUUACGCAAAACUCAAGAGACGAAUCCUUUUCGAACGAAAAAUUUAGUUGGCUGGUGGCCACAUGCAUCUGUUUUCAGACUUGCACAUGAUUCUCAACAGAAAUCGAAUUGUUUGUGGUUUGUCUGUGGUAAAACAAUCUUCUUAUUUAGCUAUGUACCGAUCAGUAAAAAUGAAGAAAUCAUCAUGGCGAAUUAUCACAAAAUUGGCUCAUUUUUGAACGAUAAUCGAAAAGCAUUUACGUUUUUAUUUGGCAAGAAAACUCAGGUUCCAUUGAAUGAUAUUUUUGAUGAACUUAAACAAACACAAGUUUAUUUUUCUAUGUAA